AUAUGCAUUUUUUCUUUUAUUAUCUGUAGUAUUUUUUUCGUGGGAAGUUGGUCACGGAGGCCGGAUUUUAGUCGUCCCUUUUGAGGGAAGCCACUGGGUGAACAUGGAGAUCAUCGUCAGAGCUCUGCACUCCCAGGGACACGCGAUCGACGUGGUGCGAACCAACAUCAGCUGGUACAUCAAGGACGACUCUCCUCACUACAAGGCAAUCACAGUUCCAGUCCUCAGAACCUUCAAUCACGAUUUUAUUAAUCCCAUCAUCCAAAAGGUAAUUGCCACAAAGAGGGACUUUUCCUCUUCCAUUAGUAGCUCUUUUAUGAACUUUGUGAGUUUGCAGCUUGAAAUGUUUAAGUCAAUGUCCAACAUGCAUGGGAUUAUGUGCGAACUGGUCACUACCAUGUUAGAGGAUGAAGAACUGAUGAUUACUUUAAAAACAAACAAUUAUGACCUGGUUCUCACUGAUCCAGCACUGGGAGCAGGUAUCAUUUUGGCUCAUGCUCUUAAACUACCACUUGUCUAUAAUGUGAGAUGGGUUACCAGUGGGGAGGGGCACUUGGCCAUAGCCCCUUCUCCCUUAUCUUAUAUCCCAAUUACCCGAUCAGGACUCACAGAUAAAAUGACUUUCAUGGGAAGAGUCAAAAAUGUUAUUUUCUAUGCCAUCUGGGAAACCCAGGACAGGUUUUUUAUCCGCCCCCAGUAUCAAGCUGUCUGUGAGCGAUUUUUUGGAUCAGAAGUUAGAUACAGACACUUAUUACAGGGGGCAGAUCUUUGGCUCAUGAGAGUGGACUUUGUGUUUGAGUUCCCUCGUCCCACAAUGCCGAAUGUCGUCUACAUAGGAGGCUUUCACUGUAAACCCGCAAAGCCUCUUCCUGAACAUCUGGAGGAGUUUGUGCAGAGUUCUGGAGAGCACGGAGUCAUCAUCAUGUCUUUGGGAACAUUCGUUAGCGAACUUCCUGAUGACAUGGCAGAUGAGAUUGCUGCAACUUUUGCUAAAUUACCACAGAAAGUCAUCUGGAGGUAUAAAGGAAAGAGACCUGCCACCCUGGGCAACAACACUCUGGUGGUGGACUGGAUGCCCCAGAAUGACCUAUUAGGACAUCCAAAGAUAAAGCUGUUUGUGGCUCACGGAGGAACAAACGGUGUCCAAGAAGCCAUUUAUCACGGAGUUCCAGUUGUGGGACUACCUGUGUUUUUUGACCAGUUUGACAACCUUCUCCGUCUGCAAGAGAGAGGAUCUGCUAAAAUUCUCACAUUAGCUACAGUGGACAAAGAUGACAACUUCCUGAAGGCCAUACAGGAAGUGCUGAAUGAUCCCUCAUACAGGAUGAACAUGCAGAGACUCUCCAGACUGCACAGAGAUCAGCCAAUGAAGCCGCUGGACACGGCUCUCUUCUGGAUAGAGUUCGUCAUGAGACACAAAGGUGCUGCUCACCUGAGAACCGAGUCCUACCGACUACCCUGGUACUCCUACUACUCCGUGGAUGUAGUUCUGUUCCUGACUGGAGCGCCAUUGUUUCUGCUUUUAAACACUGUGAUCUUCAUCAGGUGUUUAUGUAAAGCAAUGAGUAAACGGAAGGUGAAACAUGAGUAAGGAUACAUGUGAAAAAGAUGGUUAACGGCAAUCUUUCUUCUGUCGGGUUUCAACUUUUGUAUGUAAAAUACUUUACAUGUACAGAACAUCAACUUUGUCAAACUGUACAAACUGUGUAUCUUACCUGAUUGUUUUUCAUAUCACUUCAUAAACCUUCAUCCCAUAGUAUAAUUUUCCAUCGUGUAAGUGUUGUAGGAUUACUUUCUCGUUCUUAAAUACUCAACCUUUUAAUGCUUUAUGCAUAUUUUCAUGAUAAUACUCGGAUACUUUCUAUAAAAUAAUCCUUUCCAAGAUCUACUUUUACUUAUUAUGAUGUGUGAUGCUUCUUACCCCAUUGAAUAUAAUAAAUCAAUUUCCAAAUAUGUUUAUCAGAUAGAAAUAUUUUUGAAAAUUGUAUUUAAAUCCUGUCAAUUUGUUACUUGGCAUAGUUUGGAUUAAUUCCACUGUCAUC